AUGCAUUCUGAAGAUCGGGAGUGGUUUGUUUUAUCGUCUCAGGCGACCGCAAACAUUCGACAUGCGGCGCUUAUCCCGGCGGCGAUCUUUUCGUUCCUUGCUCUUUGUGUGGUUGUUCUGCGGUGGUGCAGCCGGAUCUUUUUGAGGCCGGGGUAUGUCAAGACAGAAGACUAUCUUGUUACUGUUGCUAUGGUGAAGUAUGGCCUUGGGAGCGCACAUGAGGACCAGGCGCAGAAUUUGGCAACAUUCGCCACCCUGUUCAAGAUCAUCUACGCGCAAUCAAUUCUCUACCAUAUCACCAUCAACCUCGUCAAGGCCUCCUUCGUUCUGCAGUACAUGCAUCUCUUCUCCGUCUUCCGACCCAUGAUAUACAUAUGCUAUGCGCUUCUGGGGUUUAUUCUUGGCGCUGCAGCUUGGGGUGGGUUUGGUAUCAUAUUCCUAUGCAAGUCGGUGCAAGGGUCUGAGUCUGAGCCCCUCACAGAUCACUCGAGUUGCGUCGAUGCAGAGAUGCACUUAUGGAGCACGAGUGUGAUGGGCAUUGUGCUUGACUGCGCGAUUUGGGUAUUGCCGAUACCGGUGGUGGGGAGAUUAAGGUUGCCAAAACGGCAGAAGAUAGGAUUGGUGGUCGUGUUUGGGUUGGGAAUAUUUGUCUGUAUCGUCAGUGUGCUCCGCCUUGUCCUCGUCCACAGGUUCGCAGAGCAAGGCAAAGUCACAAAAUCCGCCACGUAUGUCCUUAUCUGGUCGACACUCGAAGUCAAUCUCUCCAUCAUCUGCGCCUCGUUGCUCGUUAUGAAACCGCUGUUCGCACGUUUCAUCCCGGCUAUGGUGUCUGAGCAACCAAUGUCUGCCAGUGAGGAUGUGAGGCAGUGGAGGCAACUGGCGGGUUUGUUAUGGCUGGACGGGGUUGCGACAGAGGAGGAGAAGCAGGAAGAUGAUGUUGAGAGGAGGGAUACCGCACUUCAGAUGAGUGGUGUGACGACAGGGAUGGUUGAGAGGCCGGAGAGGACCUGGAAUCCCAGGAGGAGUCUGAGGAGUGGAAGUCCUGCUACUAUAUAA